AUGUCGGAUAUGAAGAAGAUCUUUACCUCCAACUCCAUGGCUCCUGUUGGCCCUUACAGCCAAGCAGUCCAAGUCGGCAACCACAUCUUCGUCUCUGGUCAAAUCCCCGCCGACAAGAACGGCAACUUGGUCGAAGGCAGCAUUGCCGACAAGACAAAGGCAUCUUGCGAGGGUAUGAAGGCUAUUCUUGAAGAAGCUGGUAGCAGUAUGAGUAAAGUCAUCAAGACCACCGUCUUCCUCACCGACAUGAAGGACUUUGCAGAAAUGAACGGCAUGUAUGAGCAGUACUUCUCACACAAGCCUGCUCGCAGCUGUGUGGCAGUUAAGGAGCUUCCCAAGGGUGUCCCCGUCGAGAUUGAGGCUAUUGCUCUCUCAUAG